CCAAGGAAGGGCCCUUUUGGAUCACGGAAAAGGGGUGGCUGUGUGGACUGCCCCCCCCUCCCCGCAGGCAGUCGGUCCCAGCAGGGGCUCAUAACCAUGUCUCCUUCCCCUCCCCACAGCCCGGCGAGGAGGGAGGAAGGAGUCGCGGGGAGAGAAAGGCAUCCGGAGUGAAGGAUGAACCGCGGACACCUCGGUCUGGAGCUGCAGAGUGUCCCCACUGUGCUCGCCGCCUGCAUCUGGCCGCCCUGGGGCGCGCGGACCCUGGACAGCAGUGCUAAGGCUCCAGAAGGAGGAAGACCAGGGCUGGAGCUGCCUAGCAGCCUGAGCUCCUGCCUGCGAGGCCAGCUCCCUGGGGAGCCAGGCAGCCUUGCCCCCUGCCCUCCUCCCUGGAAGCAGCCGUGGAGGAGCCGGUCCGCAGCGCUUUCCUGCAGCUGGCGCGGGACCCAGCGCUCUCAGCGGGCAGCAGGGCUGAGCGGCUUCGAGGACCCUGCGCCUUCCAGGUGACCCCCUGGGAAGACUGAAUGGGGGACCAGGCCUCCGUCACGCCUCCCAGACAAGAGAAAACAACUUCUGUUGGUAAAACUUAGGUUUUCCUUUUGCAUCAAACUCCUGGAGCUGAGCAAGAUCUGCAGAACCCUGUAGCGUUCCAUUUUUCACUUGGUUGGUGUUUGAGAAAAACCGGCAAGGAGCGGGUGACAAGAGGAAGAGACGUUAUAAACUUUGGGGGCGGGGACAUUUUCUUGGAAGUGACAAGUAGUGUCAGAGCUACGGUUCCCCAGCCAGUGACGUCACCCUGCACUUGGACACUCGGGAGGGUCUGGACGCUGCCCCAGGACCAAUACCAAAGACCCCAGGGGAGCCAUGGAGUCCACGCUGGAGACCGCCAGCCCUGCCGCAGGCCCCGUCACCUUCUCCCACGUCUUCGGCCAGCAGUGCCAGCUGAUGGAAGCAGCCGUGCAAUCAUUGCACACCCUAAAUGACCAGAUAUCCCAUUUUAUUGUCACCAAGUCGAAGGCACUGGAGGAGGACAAAGACCCCUUUCUGCCCGCAGAGAAGGAGACCCUGAAGAGUUCCAUGGUACUGAUGAGACACCUCCUCAUGGAUGCCCAG